UAAUUGCAAUUUCUGUAAUUUUCGUAAUUCGUGCAUAUAUGAUAUACUUCCAUAUAUUCAUACACUCAUGACUAUACAGUAUACCAAAGGGCAAGUCAAAGAGCUUAAAACAUUUUUCCCCUAAAAUAACCAGCAUGGUCCUUAAUUAAGGACGCAUUAUCAUCAAAAUUUCAUCGCUUUUUAGCCUUGGAACUCAAACAGAAAUAACCUAACAGAGGGCGUGGCUUCGUCUCGGCCACUAUAUAAGGAGACAUUGCCGCGUCAUCGGCAGAGCAGUCGGUGAAUCCCUGUGGACAUGAAGACUUUGGCCAUCGCUGUCGCCCUCGUGGCGUUUAUCGCUGUCAGUGUAAGUGGUGAUCCUGAAGCUGAUGCUGAGCCCAGCCGCUAUGGAGGCGGCUUUGGAGGCCAUGGACUCGUGUCCUUCAGGCCCGUGUACAGCAGCUACGGUUACGGACGCUGGAAGAGGAGUGCUGAGGCUGAGCCUGUAGCUGAGGCUGAGGCCGAGGCUGAUCCCUCCCGCUUCGGAUACGGCUAUGGCGGCUAUGGGCAUGUGUCCUUCAGGCCGGUGUACAGCAGCUACGGCUACGGACGCUGGAAGAGGAGUGCUGAGGCUGAGCCCGGAUUCAACUUCGGUCGCAGCUUCGGAGGUCACGGCCGCUUCGGAGGCUACAGGGGCUAUGGAGGCUACGGCGGAAGCUUUGGGGGACAUGGUCGUUUCUACGGUUGAAGGAUUCCUUUUGGUCAAGAUGAAUAAAGCUGAGCAAUUUUA